GAUUAAUUUCGAGUCUGAAUUCAAUAAUGUUUAAGAUUUAAAGGUAUACCGAUUGAAAAGCUAUAAGGCAAUAUUUGCGUUUUCAAUUUAAUUUACAUUUUCACCCUGAUUACCCUGAAUUUAUAAAUUUUAUUAUUGGUUGACUGUGGUCGUGGUGCAGUAUUGUGUAGUAGUCGUAAUUUAGUUAGUUAAUGUAGUGUGUAGCGAGCCUCCUUUAAAAAUCCUUUUCACAGAAAUCACUCACUGUAUAGUAUUUUUAAGCUUUUCAAAAGUUGUUAGUGGCAGAGUGUAAGCAAUAUUUGGUAAGAAAGAAGUGUUAGUAGCGUUGUGCAUUCGGAUGAUUCGUAGUCGUAGGGGUUAAGAAAUUAUGAAAUAUCCAUUAGCCAUUAAAUAUGACAAGAAUGAUUCGGUAAUAAAUGCGACUAACCGGCCAAUUGUAGUGGUAGUGUGUUGUCAGUUGUUAGUAAAUGUUAGCUUCCCUAGACUGUAACUGUAGUGAUCCCCACUGUAGGCUUAAAAAAAACAGCAGUAGUAUGAUUUUAAAAACAUUAUACAUUGACAUUAUAUUUUAUAAUUAAGCCUAGUCUAGCCUAGGGCUCAGAAAGUUAGUAAACUAAACUAGUCUAAUAUACACUAGUACUAUCAGCAGUGACUAUGACUAGGCUACUCACUUGGACUUGGACCUACAAAAUACUAUUUUAAAUAUUUAAAUAGUAAAUAGCAUUUUCACAAGUCACAUUGACUGUUAGUCAUUACUACAUCGAACAUUAGGCAUACUUAAUAUAAAUUAUUAAUAAAUGUCAUGGUAGAGGGCAGUUCAUAAUCAUAAAAUAUGUCACGCAGGAGGUGGCAGGGGUCUAAGAAAGACCAGAAAGUGUCUAACAUAUUUUAAUCAUGUAUAUAAUAUAAUAUUAAACCUGAAAUUGAGAGCAAUUCAAUGUUAAACUUUCUGUUGUAAUAGAUUUAUUCUGAAAUAAGAUUUCACUUGUAUAAUUUAAUAGUUUAAUUAUAAGUGUCUUUUAGUCAAUUUUAGAUUAAAUUUAAUAAAUAUUUAAUUUUUUUAGUUCGAAAUUGUGACAUACUUUGGGGUGUCUGAGAUUUUUUACAGAGUGUCGAGGAGAGCAAGGUGUUAAAAAUUGUAACAAAAAAAUAGUGUGAAGCACUUUAUGGACAGACCCUCAUCAAAAUCACUUUUUUUUUACUUAUAUCUAUAACUGUAAAUUUAACUCUCUUGAGACAGAGCCUUUUUGAACUGUCAAUGACAAGAAGAUAGAGCCCUUUUUCACAAGUCCUGCAAAAAAUCUAUAAAAAAUAAACUUAUUACUUUACAAAUAUAAAAAUUCUUGUAGGGAAUUGAAUGAACUAUGACGAUCUUUGUGAAUCAAACUAAGAUAUCCACAUUUAUGCAAAUGAGAUAUUCUGAUCUGCAUUAUUUAUGCAUGCAAUUUUUGUUACACUAAGGAUAAACAUGUCUUAUUUGCAGAAUUUUGUUAACUGUUGUGAUUGUGGAAGCCUAAAGAAGCCCCGAAAAACAUUUGAAAUUAUUCUGGGGCUGCUUAUGGUCAUCAGCAUAUUUAAAGUAUUUAUGGGGGUCACGAGGUAAAAAAUAAAUUGAUAGAAAGUGAUGUAACACCGUAAACUAUCAAUGGUAGCCCCCAUUAAAAUUUCCAGAUGAGCAAGAAAUGUGAGAAGCAAUCUGAUUAGCUGAUAUGAAGACCAGGCAACCAAUCUCAAAGCUUUUAUUAUUUAUUUUUUUCUCAGUUGAAAGGAUAUGGACAGUGAUAUAAGAUGAGUUUCUUCAAAGUUUUAUGACAACUUGUUUUUCUGCGAUGAAUGCUGUCCAAGAGAGAUGGAGCCACUCAUAUUUUAGCUGUAUGCCAGGUUUCAACCAGUGAACCUCAGCAAAGACAAGCCAACAACAUCAAUGUCUCAAAACAAUUUAUGUGCUCUAGCCGUAUCCUGUUAUUCAUCAUGGAGACCUUUUUGGACUUGUCUGAUUGUUAUGUUUGGCAUAGAGAUUAUUUUAACAGCCGCACAAGGAUGCCACUCAUCAUGCACUUGCUCCUCACCGAGCGGGGAAGUAAUUUGCAAGGGUGGACCAGUCCUAGACAUUUUCACACAGAUGAAAGUACAGGCUGUGAAAUUGACACUGGAUGACAUCAAAGGCCUACAAAUGAUUGAGGCAACCCGAAUGAGAGAUAUGAAAAUGAAUGGUACUUCUCUGGUCGAAAUGAAAAUAGUUUCUUGUUUUAUCAAGGUAAGGAUAGAUUAUCAGUGAUAUUGUUUUGAAAGAAAAUCAUACUGGUGACUGAGAAAAUUUAUAAUUUGUCUAUUAAUUAGUGGACUUUUAUUUUGUUAUACCAUUCAUAAUUAAUAUUAAAACAAUUUUCAAAAUAAAAUUUAAGCAAUAUGAUGGAAAUUUUAAUAAAUUUUAUAAAGAAUUUUUAAAGAAUAAUUUAGGUUGUCUUAUUUUUGCUCUUUACUAACAUAAAAUGUUGGAGCAAACAAUUUUUAAAAUGUUUUAUUAAAUUGUGUGGUGGUACUUUGUAUUUCACAUUAAUAAAUUGAACAACUUUUAUGUUUAGGCUAUUGACAUAGGUUCAUUUGAGAAAUUCCCCAACCUAGAGCAGCUUGACCUCAGCAUGAAUGAGAUCAUGACCAUCAGUCCUGGGACAUUUAAUGGUCUCAAUGAACUCUUGUUUCUGAAUCUCUCUCACAACCGAUUGUCUACUAUUGAUGGGAUAUUCAGCUCUUUGCUGAAUCUAAAAACACUCGAUCUAAGUGUAAAUAAUCUGAAGGUAAGCCUUAACUGCCAUUAAUUUUAUAAUUCAUUGCAAAGUAGAAGCAGAUCUACUUUUAAUGGGGAAUUAGUUUCUAUUGAAAAAAAAAAAAUCAUGCUAAUAACAGAAUAUUUAUUAAUUUUUGUCCUAGGAACUUCCUGCAAACGCCUUCAGCAACCAAAGUGCAUUGACAUAUUUGAAACUGGAUGGGAAUCCCUUGAAGAAUCUUUACAGCUCUUCAUUCAGAGGUUUACAAAGCAUGAAAGAGCUGAGGGCCAGAGAUUGUAGCUUGUUCCAGGUGGACAAGGAUGUUUUUGCUUUAAUGCCGCCACUAAUUACGGUCGACCUUGGCCAGAACAGGCUCAGCGACGCCCCACCCGCCCUGGCACUUAUUACACACAAGUAUCUCAAAAACAUGUUCUUGGAUAACAAUGAGAUUCAGGCAUUGCAUGGGGAAAACUUUGCAGGGCUGCACCUACAGACCCUGGAUUUGUCUUACAAUCGCAUCGGUAAAAUUGAUGUGGCGGCCUUCCAAUGGGCCAGCCUGAGGGAGGUGGAUCUCUCCUUCAACCUUAUUCUCUCGGUGAGUCGUCCGAUUUUAAAACCCCUUGCUAAUUAUCUGACACAUUUUAACUUAGCAGGGAACCCCCUGCGUCACCUGGCGGAUGGAUUAUUUUCGGAUUUGCAAAUGUUGGAAUGGGUGAACUUAUCCAAGUGCUCCCUUGAAGAUUUCAAGGACAAUGCAUUUGAAGGAUUAGCACGUCUGCGUGGUCUGGACAUAUCCCAAAAUAGUAUACACCAUUUACCCCUAGGCAGUUUUAGUUUGUUUGACCAGCUAGUCUCCGUGAAUCUGAACCAGAAUUCCUGGGUUUGUGACUGCAAGAUCCGACCCCUCAGAGACUGGCUCAACAAGGUGAGCAGCACAUCCAAGCUGGUGUGCCCUCCGAGAUCUCUCAAAGAUGGGGACUGUGACAAACUGCACUGCAUCAGUCCCACACAGUCUGAAAUCUCUUUGUUACAAGACACAGAGCUAACAGAGUGCCAGAAUGACAAGCCUCCAACACUCCCAGCAGGCACCCAAGGUGCAAUUGUAGCCUCGUGCAUGGGCUUUGCUAUUGUUCUAUUAUUGGUCGCCGUUUUUUUGUGGCGGAGAGGGCAGACUGGACAUCAGUUAAAGCGGGUGUGUGUACCAUCCAAGGCGGAGAGUUCGCACAUUGAGGAUGAAGAUUCUAAAGUUCCACCCCUUGUGAAUUGUGACAGGAAUUCUUUAACCCAUUCGGAUCACAACUUUGUCUUUCGGCAUUAUUUUGACCACCUCGUGACCGACCCUGGUGACCUGGAUACAGCAGAUGAGGACGAGCUGGGGGAGGGCGACCCACUCAAACAAAAGGACAGCUUAUAUUCAUCCCAGCCUUCUCUAUACAGUCACCACAGUGCUGCUCCUGCCUACGGCAUGGAGUCCACUGUGUAA